AUGUUGGUGACACACUGAGAUGCUCAUCAUCAUCAGCUGAUCAGCAAUCUAUCAUUACUAUUGGAGCUUAUAACUUUUUAAACCCAAGAGUAUCUCCUAAUGGUACUGUUAGUGUCAUUGAAGGAUCCAACUUAACAUUAACAUGUUCUGAUCCUGGUAACAGUGGUGUACCACGUUAUGUAUGGAUUAAUGAUAGUGAUGGUAGUGAGCUUACACCUGUCAUUAAUAAUCCUCCUUUGACUUUACACCUAACCAAUAUUAACAGAGCAGCUAGUGGUAAUUAUAUCUGUAGAUCCACUAGUAUAGAUGUACCAGGAGUUAACAUGGACACUACUGUAACUCUUAAUGUGCAAUAUUUGGAUAUUAUUUCAGCAUCAUUAAAUCAGACUGCUGUUAUUGGUACCAAUUAUACUAUUACAUGCUCAUUUGAUGCUUUUCCGAUGAUUGAAUCAGUCACUUGGUUUCAUAAUAGGACAGCAAUUAAUCUUGAAGCUUUUCCUCACAUUAGUAUUAGUACAAACUCAAUGUCUUCUGAACUCUCUUUUUUACCUAUUGGGGGACUUGAUGAUGGUGGAGAGUAUUCAUGCUCUGUUUCUAAUGGUGUCCUUAAUGCCAAUGAUUCAUUAUUGAAUCUCACAGUUGUGUUUCCAUUGAAGCCUGACCCAGUGUAUAACCUAAUGACAUCUAACAUUACUAAUACAAGUGUUACAUUGAGCUGGUCAUUAGGUUUUAAUGGUAAUUCCCCAAUCACUGGUGGAAUAGUAUCAUAUGCUGCUAUAUCUAAUGGACUUGGUAAUGCGACACAAGUAUUUGUGGGAGAAAGUGAAGAGCUAAUAUUAUUUAAUCUUCAACCAUUUACUGUUUACAAUUUUAGUGUUGCUGUAGAAAAUGCUAUUGGUAUUAGCAAUGAAGCAACUAUUGAUGCUGAAACUCAACCAAAUGUUCCUGAUGCUCCUACUCUUAACAGUGUUGUGAGUAUCAGUUCAAGUUCUUUAGAAGUCAAUUGGACAAACAAUGUGGACCCUUUAACACAGUCAGAGGUAGAAUGGUACACAGUGAUGUAUUAUACAGAAAGACAGCAUAAUGAAUUGAAUGUACCUGCUCCUGCCAACACUGUCAUAAUAAAUGGCCUUCUUGAAGGAACCAAUUAUUCAAUAAUAGUUUCUGCCAGUAACAGUGCAGGAAUUGGUGCAUCUAGUAAUUCUAUUACAGUUCAAACUGUCACUAAUACUCCACCAGUCAUUGAAGCUAAUGAUACUUUUAUGAUAACAGUAGGAGAGACAGCAUUAUACACACUACGUAUCACAGACCCUGGAGACACUAUCAGUGUUACUAUUGAUCGAGAAUUUCCAUAUACCCUUCAUCAAAAUGGAUCAAUAUGGACACUCAAUGUAACACUGUCUUCUUUAGUGGAGUUCAAUUUUACUGUGAUAGCUACUGAUUCAUUCAAUGCAACAUCAACUAAAAUACCACAAUUAAUCAUUUGUGGCUGUCCACUUAACAUAAGUAAUUGCAGUAUGGAAGGUAUUAAGAACAAUACCAGUAAUCCUUUGAUUCUAAUGUGUGACUGUAUGAAAGCAUAUGAAGGAAAAUAUUGUAAGGAUGAUUUUGAUGGCUGUACUGAAAUAUCAUGCUUCAAUGAUGCUACAUGUACUGAUGUACCAGCACCUGGAACUGGUGCCACUUGCCCACCUUGUCCUAGUGGAUACACUGGAGAUGGAAUUGUUUGUAAUUAUGUUGGGGCAGUGUUUCUUCCAUUCCUUUAUCCAUCAAGUUAUAAUGUGUAUACUAAUGUUGAUGAUGGUUCUGCUAAUGCUGCACUACCAAAUACACUUGAGUUUGGAGGCUUUCGCUAUAACAGAGCUUAUAUUAGCAGCAAUGGAUUAGUCAGCUUUGGUAAUGCCUAUAAUUCCUUCUCUCCAAGGAACUUCCCUCUUGAAAGUAGUUUAGCUGUUGUGGCUCCAUAUUGGGAUGAUAGUCGUUUGUCGGGAUCAAGAGAGCUACGCUAUCAAAUUGUAUCUGGAUCAUCAUCUCUCAUCACUGGAGUCAAUGCCUUCUUAUCCAAUUACACUGGUAAUACAUUUGAAGCUGAUUGGUUACUGUGGGCUUACUGGCAUGACAUAUGUCCUUAUAAUAGAGGAAACUGUCAAGAUUCAAACUUCUUUCAAGUGGCUAUAGCAGUACAAGGAAGCAUAACAUAUUCAAUAUUUACAUAUCAGUGUGAUCUCAUCAGAUGGACUCUUAGAACUGCUGCAGUUGGUUACAGUGUGAAUGGUACCUUUUAUAAAAACCACCAAUUGUCAAAGAGUAGCAGUGUAGUUAAUAUCGACUGUGAAGGAGCUGUAUCUAAUUGGACUAAUGUUGUUUACAGAAUUGAUACUGCCACUAAUACUCCACCAGUCAUAGAAGCUAGUGAUACUUUUAUGAUAGCAGUAGGAGAGACAGCAUCAUACACACUACGUAUCAUAGACCCUGGAGAUACUGUCAAUGUUACUAUUGAAUUUGAUGGAGAGUUUCCAUACACACUUGAUCAAAAUGGAUCAAUAUGGACACUCAAUGUUACACUCUCUUCUUUAGCAGAGUUCAAUUUUACUGUGAUAGCUACUGACUCAUUCAAUGAAACAUCAACUAAAACUCCACAAGUGAUAAUUUGUACCUGCACAAGUAAUCGAGGUAAUUGUACAGUUACAGAUAAGAAUGACAAUAGUAACCCAUUGAUCCUGAUGUGUGAUUGUAUGGAAGCAUAUGAUGGUGAAUAUUGUGAAGAUGAUUUUGAUGGUUGUACUGAAGUAUCAUGCUUCAAUAAUGCUACAUGUACUGAUGUACCAGCACCUGGAACUGGUGUCACUUGCCCACCUUGUCCUAGUGGAUACGCUGGAGAUGGAAUUGUUUGUUACAUUCCUCCAGUUAUUCUUCCCUACAUUGUGUUCAACAGCAGUAUAUCAACAGUUACUAAUAUAACCAGACAUUACUUUUACUCUACAUGGAGAGUUAAUGUUCCAAGACCUAUUACUUUAUUAGGCUCUGCUUAUUCAUCAAUUUAUAUUUCCAUUGGUGGCACUUUCUCCAUGAGUGGUCGUUUUAACUAUUGGUAUUCAACCUUGUUCCCAAGUAGGAUACGUGGUAUAAGAGAUUCAGUUGUGUUUGCUCCUAUGUGGAAUUUUUAUGAUAUCAGGAGAGAAGGUAUGUGUACAUGUACUGUUAUAUUUAUGUGUGAUAAAAAGUAUAAUUCUUUAAUAGUAGAUUUGAGCUAAUUUAUUUUUAGUAAC